CAUAACAUUGUGCUGUUGAGGCUCCAAUCCUACGUGGAACUUUCAGAUCUUCCCAUUUCAUCUCCCAAACUCUUACAUUUUACCUUCUAUCUGCAUUUCUUCUACUUUGACAUUACUUACAUCGCUUUCUAGGACUAUUCUGUCUCAAGUCCUCUUGAUUCCCCUUUCUUUCCCCUUCCUCUUGCAGUUGGGGAGGGAAUUUGAAUCUGCAUCCUUUCCACCUUGUGCCUGCAGGCAACAACCCUGACCGGCUCCUCAGCCCAGCCUCUCACCACUCCCAUCUCUGUCCUCCCUCCAGCUUUGGUGCCAAGCAAUCAAAGAAAAGCCUACAUAUAGGAGAGGUGUAAAAGACCAACUGUGUGUCUUUAUGCCACAACAUGACCGUCACAUACACAGCCCGUGUGGCCAACGCCCGCUUUGGUGGCUUCUACAAGCUGCUGACUCUCUGGCGUGGAAGCAUCUACAAGUUGCUCUACAAGGAGUUCCUGGUCUUCUCUGCUUCCUACCUGGGACUCAGUCUUACCUAUCGCUUUGUCUUAAGUGAGAAUCAGAAACGGGACUUCGAAAAGGUGGUGAUUUACUGUGACAACUAUGCCAAUCUCAUCCCCGUCUCCUUUGUUCUGGGCUUCUAUGUGACACUGGUGGUGAACCGCUGGUGGAGCCAGUACACCUGCAUGCCUAUGCCAGACCGCCUGAUGUGUGCCAUCUCGGGGAAUGUACAUGGUCCUGACGAGAAGGGGCGUCUUUACCGGCGAACUCUCAUGCGGUACUGCAGCCUUUCUGCUGUCUUGAUCUUGCGCUCAGUCAGCAUCGCUGUAUUCAAGCGCUUCCCCACCAUAGACCAUGUGGUGGAGGCAGGAUUCAUGACUCGAGAGGAACGCAAGAAAUAUGAGAACCUGAACACUUCCUACAACAGAUACUGGGUCCCCUGUGUCUGGUUUACCAACUUAGCUGCAGAGGCGCGCAAAGAAGGCCGCAUUCGUGAUAACGGUGCUCUGAAGUUGCUUAUGGAGGAAUUGAAUGUUUUUCGUGGCAACUGCAGCAUGCUAUACCACUAUGAUUGGAUCAGUGUACCUCUUGUCUACACCCAGGUGGUUACCAUUGCUGUGUACAGCUUCUUUGUUUCUUGUCUGAUUGGGCGGCAGUUCCUCGACCCAACCCAGGGCUACAAAGGACAUGACCUAGAUCUCUGGGUCCCUGUUUUUACCUUGCUUCAGUUCUUCUUCUACGUUGGGUGGCUAAAGGUGGCUGAGCAGCUCAUCAACCCUUUUGGGGAGGAUGAUGACGACUUUGAAACCAACCUACUGAUUGACAGGAAUUUCCAGGUCUCCAUGAUGGCAGUGGACGAGAUGUACGGGGACCUGCCACUCCUGGAGAAGGAUCGGUAUUGGGAUGCCUCAAACCCUCGAGCCCCAUACACAGCAGCCACUGUUUUCCAGUUGCAACAGCCAUCGUUCCAGGGUUCUACUUUUGACAUAACCCUAGCCAAGGAAGACAUGCAGUUCCAACCCCUUGAGGAUAUUGCAGAGGGCCUGGAACACACCCGCUAUGUACCUGCACACCUCCUAAACCGCCUGCUUUCCGCUGCCCCGGCCCCCAGUGGCUUUGGACGUCGACUGUCUCUGCUGAGGCGCAAGAAUAGCUGUGUUUCUGAAGCAUCCACCACCUACAGCUGCCUCUGUCAGGAUACGCAGACCACGGACUGCACGUGUGGGCCUCCUGGGCCGUCUCUCCCCAUCAGUAGUGUUCACUUCAGCUCUGAGGGGGAGGGAGAUCCUGCCCCUGAUGUCCCUGGCCAAGUAACAAAUACACACAAUGACCUCUCUGAGGCCCACGCUGCUGAUGAGCCAAGUGAUGCAGCGAGUCAGAGCUUGCUAGGCCAUGAGGGUGAGGUGACUAACCCUCAGGAUACGGUGCCCCUUGUAGACAUGUCUGUUCCUGCAACAGCUAGUGACUUGUCUCAGCCUCUCCUAGACCAUGGUCAUUCAGAUGGUCUCCUCUUUCAUAGCUCAAAGGAGACCCCCAGCAAGGGCCUUCCAUCAGCCAAUUACCCCCACUGGCUACAGAGCCCCAUUGAAGAGGAAAAUGUGGCAUGAGCUAGUACUUCUGCCUCCACAGGUUUGAGUAGAGCUAUUUCAAUGGGUGCCUCACCACCAUACUGCUUGAUGUCAGGCCUGAAGACAGGGAAUCAGCAGAGACUGAUAGAAUAGACCUUGCAGCUGGGGAUACAGGGAAACUUUAACUGGUGACCCUUGCUGGACACCUGGUUUUUACUGACACAUUGUAAUGUGGAGCCACUUCAUCAAGAGUCAGGUGAAAUACUGAUAGUAAGUCCUCUAUUUCCCCAUAUUAUCUUUCACUUGUUCUUGACUUGCAUCCACAGACCCACAUUGUGAACAUGAAGAGGCAGCCAGACACUGAGCUGUUCCUGCCAGUAUUCUUUGAUCCUAGAUCCAGUCGUGGCUGGUUACUGCAUCUCAUUCUUUCCUCUCCUAGUCAUCUGAUGAUGAAGGGGACGGGGACAGGCAACUACUUUAGAGCUUUCUUCCCAAAUCCUUCUAUGUGGCUCUAACUUGUUUCAAAAUUAUGGUUUCAUAGUAUUUUAUUA